UAUUCAACAUGUGUAUGGAGCUCAGCAUCCGCCUUUUGAUCCAUUAUUGCAUGGAACCUUGAUAAAAACAGGUUCAAAGCCACCUACAACUCCAGUGAAACUAAAGAAAGUCAGCACCUUCCAAGAAUUUGAAAGUAACACAAGUGAUGCUUGGGAUCUUGGGGAUGAUGAUGAUGAACUCUUAGCAAUAGCUGCUGAAAACUUAAAUACAGAAGUGGUCAUGGAAACAGCUCACAAAGUAAUUCAGAAUCACAGCAAGUUACAGGAACAGCAUAAAUUUCAGGAAGAAUAUCUACAGGAAGAAAAACAAGUAGAAUCUGCAGAGCUAACUUCAACUGCAUGUGGUGAUAAUAGGCUUGUUAAAUCAGUCAGUGAAGGUCACACAUCGAGUUCAUCAGAUAAUGCUAGUGAAAAUUCUUCCAUGCAGAGAUCACAGUCCCUUCCACAAACUUCCACACCUCCCUUUGUGAGUGGAAUGGCAGACUAUAGUACUUCAGUUACUCCUGCAUUAACUGAAAGAGAAGCAUCCCGAUUAGACAAAUUUAAGCAGCUACUUGCUGGCCCCAAUACAGAUCUUGAAGAAUUACGGAAAUUGAGUUGGUCUGGCAUUCCCAAACGGGUUCGUCCAAUUGCAUGGAAGCUUCUUUCAGGCUAUCUUCCUGCAAAUGUGGACCGAAGAGAAAGCACUUUAAAAAGAAAACGCAAAGAGUAUUUUGCAUUUGUUGAACAAUACUAUGAUUCCAGAAAUGAUGAAAAUCACCAAGAUACCUAUAGACAGAUCCAUAUAGAUAUCCCACGCAUGAGUCCUGAAGUUUUAAGACUUCAGCCCAAAGUAACAGAG